UUCAAAUGCGAACCACCUCUAUAUAUAGGCAAUGACUACUCCAGAUGUUCGAGGAAGACCAACUAAGUCUAGCCACAAAUCUCUCUCUAAAUUUAGCUGGAAGUUGGGGUGGCUCCUGGUGGUGAAUGAAACAACCACCAUAACCUCAGCCACAUGAAGGUGGUAUAAGUAUAAGCAAAGAGAACCUCAAUCUUUUCUGGUUCAUACCCAGAGCCAGACCAAGAACAGGUCAGAAGGAGGGGGAGAGGCGAUAGGGAGAGAAUUCAAGACAUACAUCGCCAAAUAUGCCAGCUCCCGUCGCCCUUCUCAUCGCCGGACUUGUUUUCCUGCUCGCCACCCCUUUAACCCAACAGCACGAAUACAUCCCGUUUAGCUAUGUUGGCUCGACCGGCCCUAACAAAUGGGGAAGCUUGAACCAGCAGUUCUCUGUAUGCUCAACAGGAAAGCAGCAGUCUCCCGUGAACAUUGUCAAGGAUGAAGUGGUCUACAAUCCGAAAUUGCAGCCUCUAAUCAGAUAUUACAGUUCUGCCAAUGCUACGUUAAUUAAUAGAGGCUUCCAAAUCGGGUUGCUGUAUGGGCAUGGCGUUGGAGUGUUGGAUAUAGAUGGAAAGAGCUACAACCUCCUACAAAUGCAUUGGCAUUCCCCUUCUGAGCACACAAUUGAUGGAGUCCGCCAUGCUGCGGAGCUUCAUCUAGUUCACGCGGCCGACGAUGGCAGUUUAGCAGUGGUGGCGAUCCUUUACAAAUAUGGUGAUCCCGAUCCGAUUCUCUUUCAGCUAAAGGGCUACAUAAAUGAGCUGGCCAAGGAGAUUUGUGCAGGCGAUGAAGAAGCUCAUAUCCCUAUCAGCCUAGUGAGAACCAAGCAAAUUAAGCGAAGCACUCGGAAAUAUUACAGAUAUGUCGGUUCUCUUACCACUCCUCCCUGUACCGAAAACGUUAUCUGGACUAUCCUUGGCAAGGUGAGAGAAAUAUCCAAAGAACAGGUUCAUAAUCUUACAGCUCUUUUGGAACCAGGCUACAAGAACAACUCAAGGCCUGUGCAGCCAUUGAAUGGGCGAAAGAUAUAUCUAUACAAUGAGAAACACAAAAACUAGUGAAAAUUAAAAAAUUCUCUUAUGUAAGCUUGUGAACCGUAGACACCAUUAUCAACAAAGUUGCCAUGGAUAUA